AUGAAGUUCACCAGUCUCCUCUCAACCGGUCUUCUGGCCACUCUCUUGCCAGUCGUCAUUGCCAACCCAAUGCCUCUACAGGAGAGCGCUGGUGUCCAGCAAUCCCCUAACAAGCGUUAUGCUGCUGUCCCGAGGGGAGAUCUUGCAUCCAUCUUGGGUUAUAACUGGGAGGCGAUGCAGGAGGACAGGUGA